CGCGGAGAUGUGCCACGUGACCAAAUCCCGCUGCUGUGAUUGCCUGAGACGGCCUUCAUUUGGAAGUGGGUCAAAGGUAGUCGUCAGGUUUGUGCUGCUGGAAGGACGUGUGUCAGAACAAUGCUGUUCAACAAGGUGCUCAGAGCCACCGUGCGGUCUGGGAUCCGGCUGCAGAGCUCCAGUGCUACUGCAGCCAGCGCUAAAGCGUCUUCCAGUGGCCACUCAUCAUCCCUCGGCUUCUCUUUUGAGCUGACUGAUCAGCAGAAGGAGUUCCAGGAGCUGGCGAGGAGGUUUGCACGUGAAGAGAUCAUCCCUGCUGCACCUACUUAUGACAGGAGUGGUGAAUAUCCUUUCCCCAUCAUCAAAAAAGCAUGGGAGCUUGGUCUGAUGAACAGCCACAUUCCACACGAAUAUGGUGGAAUGGGCUUGUCAAUCUUUGAUAGCUGCCUCAUCACAGAAGAGCUGGCUUACGGCUGCACGGGAGUACAGACUGCUAUAGAAGCAAACUCUCUGGGACAAAUGCCUGUUAUUAUUGCUGGGAAUGAUGCACAGAAGAAGAAAUACCUGGGAAGAAUGACGGAAGAGCCUUUUAUGUGUGCGUACUGUGUCACAGAGCCCGGGGCGGGCUCUGAUGUGGCCAACAUCAAGACCCGAGCUGUGAAGGUGGGUGAUGAGUAUGUUGUCAACGGGCAGAAGAUGUGGAUCACAAACGGUGGGAAAGCUAACUGGUACUUCCUCCUGGCACGCACUAACUCAGACCCCAAAUGUCCAGCUAGCAAGGCUUUUACUGGCUUCAUUGUGGAGGCUGACACUCCAGGAAUUCAAAUUGGAAGGAAGGAGAUGAACAUGGGCCAGAGGUGCUCUGAUACCAGAGGCAUCACCUUUGAGGAUGUGAGGAUACCGAAGGAGAACGUCCUGAUUGAAGAGGGAGCUGGAUUCAAAAUUGCCAUGGGUGCAUUUGACAACACUAGGCCACCAGUGGCAGCAGGAGCAACAGGCCUGGCACAGAGAGCACUUGAUGAAGCUACCAAUUAUGCACUGGAGAGGAAGACCUUUGGCAAAGUUAUCGCUGAGCACCAGGCCGUGUCGUUCCUUCUGGCCGAGAUGGCGAUGAAGGUGGAGCUGGCCAGGAUGGCGUACCAGCGGUCAGCCUGGGAAGUGGACCAGGGCCGCAGAAACACCUACUAUGCCUCCAUUGCCAAGGCCUUUGCUGGAGACAUCGCCAAUCAGGUGGCCACUGACGCUGUUCAGGUAUUUGGAGGCAACGGGUUCAACAGCGAAUACCCAGUAGAGAAGCUGAUGAGAGACGCCAAGAUCUACCAGAUCUACGAGGGAACAGCUCAAAUCCAAAGAAUCAUCAUUGCCCGAGAACACCUGGGAAGAUUCAAGAAAUGAACUCUUCACACCUGACUUAUCCUCGUUCAGAUGUAGUUUGUUGUAACUUUUCUAUACAUAUUCAUGAAAAUAGAUCCGGCCACUUAAACUCAGGAGAGAGUGCAAAAUGUUGUUUUGCCUUAAUGCUGUUUCAUCCUGCCUUGCUUCUUCAGACUGAUCCAGAUCCCGAGUUGGCAGACUUCAGUCUACACUCCCUUUGAAAUAAUGCCAUGAUUCAUUCAGUUAAUUGUUUAAUGGAGCUAUCAGGUGAACCUUGUCAACUCAUUAAGUCACAAAAUAUGACAUGACCAUGUCCUGUUUACCUUGUUUACCAGGUAUUACCAGGCAUUCAGGUGAUCAUCUCCCACUUGUAAAUAUAUCACAUGAAAUAGACCAUUUAAAAAUCCUCUGCAGGUUGUAAAUAAUGCCAGUCAGGCACAAACGCCACUGCUUCUGAUAGCAGCCUGGAUAUGGUGCUAAAUCCCAGUGCAUUACAAAAUAAAUGCUGUAUUUAUUUAGCGUUAGCUCGGUAACCUAUUUGCCAGUUGUCCAUCAUUUAUUAAAGUGUAAAGUUCAUAUCUGGUAUUAAAGUUUGUUGUCUUUUUGAGGACAAGUUACUGAUGGUAAACUUGGACAUAUUUGACUUUAUAAGUUGACAAGGGCAGCCCGAACACACGCCAUUUGUUGUUUUUUUUUUUUUUUUUUUUUUUUUUUCUUGGGAGGUGAGAUUGUCUCAUUUUGGGGAGGAGGCACAAGUUCAGCCUGACUUUCAGCCUUACACUGUGUGUUGCAGCACUUAGUUGUUGAUUUCGGUCUUAGUCUCCAAUCUGACUGGCAAUAAAAGCAUGUAAAGUCAAAGAUGAUGGUGAUUAGGUCCACUUCAUGCCUUAUUCUGCCUCUCGACAUACUUGUAGUGUUUGGCUGUUCUUGACAUUCUUCGCCCAUUCAAAAAAAAAAAAAAAAAAAAAUUAAACUUACAAAAUAACUAAUUA